GGUCGAAGCUGAAGAUCCUGGAGGAGGAGUCGGGUUGGUGACCCCUGAACCUGCAGCCUCCACCUCACAGCUGGAGCAGACGGAAGACAGCAAAGAUCUCAAUGCUGAUGAGUCUGACUCCUUGUUGAUGAUUCAUGGCUGAAACCAUGACGGACCAGAACAAAAGGCGCUAUCCAGGGUUUGGAAAAAGCAGCUCAUGGUUGUGAGGAUGAUGAAGUUGGAAGUGGAAGACCCUGGAGGGCCCAAUGUGGAGCCAUCCCUACCAGCAGCCUCCUCCUUAGAGGAGGAGCAGACAGACGACAGCAAAGACCUCCUCCAUCAGAUGCUGGUGAUUAAAGUGGUCCCCCAUGACGGGAGCCCCGGUUUGGACCAGCAGGACCCAGAGCCCCCCCACAUCAAGGAGGAAGACGAGGAAGUCUGGAUCGGUGAGGAGGAAGAGCAGCUCACUGUGAAGACUGAAGAUGAAGAGAAACCUCAGAUGUUGGAGCUUCAUCAGAUCAAAAGUGACGAAAAGAGAGAAACUAAAACUCCAGCCUGCAGCCCGGCUGAUCAGAUGGAAACAGAACCUGCUGGAGACGAUCCUGGACCCCUAGAACCAGACCAGAACCCAGAUCCAGUUUUUCCUUCUCUACAAACUGAGAAGACUUCCAACAAAAAAGUUAAAACAUCUAAAUCUGCUGGAACUGUGGAAGAUAAGCCAUUUUGCUGCCAUGUUUGUGGCAAGAGUUUCAAACGUAACGCUCACAUCAGAUUACAUCUGAUGACUCACACGGCAGAGAGAGAACACAGCUGUGAUGUCUGCGGGAAAGGAUUCAAAGAAAAGAGUUCUGUUCAGACGCAUAUGAGACUCCAUACUGGGGAGAGACCGUUUUCCUGCGACGACUGUGGUAAAAGGUUUCAUGCAAAGACCAACCUUAAAACUCACCUCAAGGUCCAUUCAGUGGAAAAACCUUUUUCCUGUGAUGUUUGCGGUACAAGAUUUAAAAGGAAGGAAAAUAUUAAAAAGCAUAUGAGGAUUCACACGGCAGAGAAACCGUUUGUUUGUACCGUCUGCAGUAAAGGCUUUUCACUGCAGGAGACGCUGAAGAGACACAUGCAUGUUCACACAGGAGAGAAGCAGUUCACCUGCACCGUCUGCAACAAAGGAUUCUCACUAAAACAUAAUCUAAAAAGCCACAUGGAGGUUCACACCGCACCUUUUAGCUGUAGCGACUGCAGUAAACGUUUCGGGAAGGAAAUCCAGCUGGAGCGACACGUUAGAGUUCACUCAGAGGAGAGGCCGUUUGGCUGCGACGUCUGUAAAAGCAGAUUCUAUCAAAAGUGCCAACUGGAAAACCACACGAGGGUCCAUUCAGGGGAGAAACCGUUUGUGUGCAGCGUCUGCGGUAAAGGAUUUUCACAGCAUGGAGAUAUGAAGAGACACAUGGGUAUUCACAAGGACUGUGACUAAACAGUUAAUCUUUCAUGAUCUUCACAUCACAAAUAUUGUCGGGUUUAAUUAAAACUACAGUAAAAAACCUAAAAACCUGAAACCUGAUUGGUUUUUGACUUUAAUUUGCUCUAUCCUUAAACCCAAAAACUGAGAGGAGUCAGCCCUGAUUAUUUUCAUCUAUAUUUCUGCUAAAGCCGGACAAACACUGUAGGAUAUUUCCAAUCGUUGCACGCAGCUACAGCACAAACUGUACGACCAAACCGCGGGGUUUAGAAGUCCACAGCUUAUGAUGUUUGUUUUCUACUGUACGGCCUGAUGCGACCUACCUGCUCACGCUGCACGACCAACAACCACACGUCGGACUCAGUGCAGAGAGGUGGCGCUGGUCGGACUCAUCAAUCUGCAAGAAGAACACUUUUUUUACACAAUUCAAACCCUAUAAACGAUGUGAAACAAGUGUUAGCUAAAAAUCAUUAAACGAGGAGCUUGUUAAAUUGUCCUUCAUCUGACACAGAACUGAAUAAAAUCCUCCAUGUUCUGUGUCUCUGUGGAAGUAAAACUCCAGCUUUAUUCUGGCUUUAACCUCCACAGAGACACCGUCCCAAAAAGCCUUAAAACACAAAUUAAGCGGCUAAAAAUGGUCUUAAGUAUUGUUCACUCCAUAAAAACAUGGAACACAUUUUCAGACAGACUGUAGAAAGGACACUCGUUUAAAACACACUGAUAAAUAACCGAUAAAAAACAGUUCAUGGUGAUGGCGCCCUGUGAAAUCCUCCACUGGAGAUCACCACUCCAUUAAGUCCUCCACUGGGAGCUUUCCCCUGAAGCUUCUCUGUCCAGAUGCAGACCAGCCGGUUCUGAAGAUGUCUUUGGUUUAUUGCUUUAGUGCAGCUGUUGGUAAAGAUCUUUCUGCUCCAUAUUGGAUAAAACCAGAGCAGAGUUACUACUUUGCUCUGGGAAACAAGGAUCCAGGAUAGGGAUGCACGAUAUAAUCGG